GAGUGAUGUCUGGGAUACGCGUCCCAGGAGCAAAGAUCAAGAGAGAAACAGAGAGUGUGGAUUUAUUUUGUUUCUUUUAAAAAGGAAAAAAAAAAGAAUGUAAUGUGAGCAGAGCUGGAGGUAGAGGAUACUAAUGAUGAUCACCCACUUGCUGAUUGUUUAAGUCUUCAACGAGAGGAGGAGGAGCUUGUAUUGAGAUCAGUAACGAGACAAAAGAUGGUGAUUUGAGCCAAAGAUCUUAUCUUUCCUUCUGCAUGAGCCUUGAAAGUGCAAAGAUGGGGAAAAUUUCUGAACACUUUUCCGAUACGGAUAUGCUCAUCAUAAAGCCUCAGAAGAAAAAUCCACUUAUAUCGGCAAUGAUUCUAUUAGCAUUAUUAAUGAUAUGUGGAGUUUAUUUCUGUUUGAUAUGCUUAAAGCAAAAAGGAUUCAUCAUCAAUCCCAAUUCAAUGAGGAUAGAGCAAAUAGAAAGGUCUUGUCCUAAUCCCAAUAUUUCAAAAUCUGAGGUUCCAUAUGUUCACUACCCGGAGCCCACUACUUACAGAAGAAAUGAAUGCAGAUGCACACCAGUUAGAUUCUUUGCGAUUUUGUCGAUGCAAAGGUCUGGAAGUGGGUGGUUUGAGACUUUGCUAAAUAGCCAUAUUAAUAUUAGCUCCAAUGGUGAGAUAUUCUCAGUGAAAGUAAGGAGAAGUAAUAUGUCAACUAUUACAGAAACCUUGGACAAAGUGUACAACCUUGAUUGGUUUAGUAGCGCUUCUAAAAAUGAGUGCACAUCUGCUGUUGGCUUCAAAUGGAUGCUAAAUCAGGGUCUCCUGCAAAACCACGAUGACAUAGUUUCAUAUUUCGAUAAGAGAGGGGUCUCUGCAAUAUUUCUCUUCAGAAGAAAUCUCCUUCGCCGGUGGGUCUCCAUACUUGCAAAUAAUCAUGACCGAGACACUAAGCAACUAAACGGGACCCACAAAGCUCAUGUCCACUCCAAAGAUGACGCUGAUGUACUAGCAAGAUAUAAGCCAAAGAUCAAUGAGUCACUAUUAAUUCCAACUUUGAAACAAGCUGAUAAGUGGACCAUCGACGCCUUAAAAUACUUCAAGGGCAACCGCCAUAUUGUUCUCUACUAUGAGGAUCUUGCUCAUAACCGUACUAAAUUGAAGGAAGUUCUUGAGUUCUUAAGAGUGCCUCAGAGAAAACUAAAGAGUCGUCAAGUGAAGAUUCACACAAGGCCAUUAUCUGAACAGAUUGAGAACUGGGAUGCGGUCUCGAAAGCUCUCAAGGGAACAGAAUAUGAAAGCUUCCUGCAAUCUGACUAAGAUAUGGAGCUCUCAACUGUCAGCUUAAAAUUCAUGUAAAUAAUGCUUUCUUUUUUAUUCUUUUGUUUAUAUAAUAUUGCUUGUUGGAUCGAACCAAGUUGGGAAAUUUUGACAUCA